AUGAAGUUGGAGGUUUGCUCAUACAGUGGCUAUAAAGUCUAUCCUGGACAUGGGAGAAGAGCAGUAAGGGGCGAUGGUCGUGGAUUUUAUUUCAUUAGCUCCAAAUGUGAGCGUUCACAUUUCUUGAAAAGGAAUCCUCGAGAAGUCAAUUGGACUGUACUCUAUCGACGUAAAUAUAAAAAAGGACAGGUGGAAGAAUCUGUAAAAAGGCGCAAUAAGAGAGCUACACGCAUCGUGCGGGACAUCGCAGGCGCUAGUCUAGCUGAUAUACUGGCGAAGCGUAAUCAAAAGCCUGAGGUCCGUAAGGCCAUGCGCGAACAGGCAAUCAGAGCCUCCAAAGAAAAACAACGCGCCAAAGAAACGGAAAAGAAACAAAAAAAGCUGGAUGCCAAGAAAAAGCAAUCUGCGCCAUUCAAGCACAAAGCAGCCCAAAAGAUUGUUUCUAAGCCAGCUCCUCGUGUUAGUGGAAAACGCUAA